CGCGACCUUGCCGCCGCCGCGGUGUCGCGAGUUGCGUCGGCUACGCGCGCGGGCGCGAGGCACUUUCUUGCCGCGACAGCGUGCCGCAUUGUUUGCUGCCGCAGCGGCCCGACCUGAAGGCAGUCGGGAGCGCCAGGCUUCGUCACCGUUGAAAAAGAGCGCGCUUGGCCUGUCGCGUUGGUACGGCGACCUCCACGUCAUGCUGAGUGGACCAAUGCAGAACGCCCUUCGCCGAGCGCUGAGGCCCUCGCUGUCCGCGGCCAACCGCUGCACGUCGGCGCGCAAUGCUUCGCAGGGAGCGUCGGACAGCGACCUCCCGAGGGUGCUCAUCACAGGCAGCUUAGGACAGCUCGGAACGGGAUUGGCUCGACUAUUAAGGAAGAAGUACGGAAAAGAAAACGUCAUCAUGUCCGACAUCGUUCGGCCUCCCAAGAGCAUCCUCGCGGAAGGCCCGUACGUGUACGCGGACAUCCUGGACUUCAAGAACCUGCAGGAGCUCGUGGUCAACGAGCGCGUCGACUGGCUCAUCCACUUCAGCGCCCUGCUGUCGGCCAUCGGCGAGCGCAACGUGCCGCUGGCCAUGCGCGUCAACGUCGAAGGCGUGCACAACGUCAUGGAGCUGAGCAAGCAGUACCGGCUGCGCCUGUUCGUGCCCAGCACCAUCGGGGCGUUCGGCCCGGACUCGCCGCGCAGCCCGACGCCGGACCUGUGCGUGCAGCGGCCGAGGACCAUCUACGGAGUGUCCAAGGUCCACGCGGAACUGCUGGGAGAGUACUACCACCACAAAUUCGGCCUGGAUUUCCGGUGUCUUCGGUUUCCGGGUGUCAUCUCGUACGACAGUGAGCCCGGAGGCGGGACCACAGACUAUGCGGUGCAAGUGUUCCAUGACGCCCUCAAGCACGGAAAGUUCACCUGCUACCUGAGGCCUGACACACGCCUCCCAAUGAUCUACAUAACGGACUGCUUGCGUGCUCUCAUGGAGAUGAUGGAGGCACCCUCCGAGAGCCUCAAGCUUCGCACCUACAAUGUGACGGCUAUGGACUUCACGCCCAAGGAGCUGUUCCAGGAAGUUCGCAAGCUGGUGCCCGAGCUCGAGGUUGAGUACAAGCCCGAUGGGCGGCAAGCAAUCGCUGACUCCUGGCCGCAGGUGUUCGAUGACAGCAAUGCGCGCCGGGACUGGGGCUGGAAGCCCACCUACGAUUUGGCUCAGAUGUGCAAAGUUAUGGUGGACAAUCUCCGAACCGUCUAUCAGCGCUGAUCUAGGAGACCAGCUUAGGAAAAAUAGCCAUCUUGUUUCUUCUGGAAACAGCGAAUGCCAAGAAAAAAGAAAGGAGGCUGCAAGUUCUGGGCAUGCGCUGUUUCCCUCACGACUCGCACGCGUCAUCCGUCCACCACUGUCGUCAGCAUCAAAGUGCAAUCAUGAUUGGCUGCAAACUGGGUCCUUAAUUCAACACAGUGCUUUAACAAAGGCAGCUUGAACACCUAGACCUGACCUGAAACACUCCCUUCAUUACCAUUUUGAUGCUUCAAGCACACGCCUGUAGCCAACUUCUAGUAACCGCGGGUCAAAUUCACUGUUCAUCUCAGCACUUCUUUGCAAUGCAACUGAAGCAGUGAGCUUGGCCAUUGGAUUUCAGACAAGAGAAAUCGUAACCGUGCACUACUCCACCAACUUCAUGGUUCUUCCUGUGAAUGUGUGGGCAUGAUAAACAAAACCCUGACAAAGGCCUCCGAUGCUGUUAAAAAGUUCGAGCAUUAUGAUGAAACCUCAAGAACAUCUGCUUCUCUGUGCUCCAUGUUUUAGUACCCAUUGAUUGCAUUGCAUGGCUUUUUUGCCUUCUCACUAAUUCACAUUAGAUAUGCAGUAACCAAACGGUGUUUGGCAAUGUCUGCUGGAACACAAGUAGCAAAAGGAUAGAAAGCAGAAAGCAAGAAAACAGAUGACAAGUGUUUACAUGAAGGUGGAAGUGAUCAACAUAGUGGAGCGAGGGAUGUCUCAGAUCAGAGCCAACGUUUUGACGAGACUAGUUUUUGCCAGCGCCCCUAUGAUGGCAAGUCCCUUUGUCAAACGUUGGCUCCAGCCCAAGACACCCCUUGCUCAACCACUGUUGAUGUAACUUCACGAGUGCAACACACCUAUUGCCUUCUUUCCUAGCCUCACUUUGUCAUGUGCUACUGCUGCAUCCCCUACUGAAAGUUGUAUGCAUUUUGGCCAUCGCAGCUUGUGACCUCAUGGCUAACCUGAAACCUAGAGCAGUUGCUUUUCUGUCGCGAUCAGGAAACAGGUGCUGACAAGCCGAAUGUUUCACACUUCUCUCGUGAUGCAAAAACUGUGAAAGAGCAAUGAGCUUUCUCAUUCAGCAGUUUGCGAUUGCCAUGUUACCUUUGCAAGAAAAAAGGAAAUGUGGCUUUUUGUAGAAGUGUGUGCCUUAAAAACGUCUUUCAUUGUGUGACAUCUGUCAAGUUACAAGUGUUGACUGUGUUUACCUUACAGGCAAUUUAAAAGCUUAAGCUAUGAGGUAACUGAACUAUAAAAAAAGUUCUCCUUGUAGACAUUACAUAGAGUUGAUAUAAGCGUAUAGGAGCAGAUAUUUAUUCAAAUGAACAUACCCUCACUGCUGUGAUGGGCAAAAUUUUGUUCAUAUUGUCAGCGGCAACUAAACAUAGCAGCACAUUUGGUGAGCAGCAACUAUCAGUGCAUAGUUCAAACAAUUUUUCAGCACUCAAACUUGUAAAUGAGGACAGCUUUGUGUGCGCAUGUUUGUUCAACGUGAACUUUUCGAAGAGAUGUAUUUCUGCCUUUGUACAGAGCAAUGUAGUGCGUCGGUUAGAAUUGUUGUUCGAGUAUUUACAGGCUCUUGUAAUUCAAGACAUUCAGCAAAUGCAUGAGCUGUUAACUCUAUCUUUUUAGUUACGAGUAGAUUUAAAGAGUGCUUUUUUUAGAUGCUUCUUACCCAUUAUGUACAAGGAGCUUUUCAAUGGCUGUAUUUUGUGACGAUUCCUUUCCUUAACAUGUUCGCUGUGGCAGCAUUUUUCUUUUUUUGAAGUCCCGAUUGGAUAUAUAGAUCAUUUGCACAAGCCUACUAUUACCACUAAAUGAGCAAGGCGACAUGUUUCGGUGGCCACAGCCCACCGGUUGCGCUCGCGGCCAAUAACAUAGAAUGUCACAUGCUGGAAGCACAAAGUUGCCCAAAUGUUAUUUGACCGAAACUUGCGUUCACACAUUGUAGAACUGCUAUAUGAAGUACUUUCUGCAAAGAACACGUCACAGAUCACAAACAACUUCACUGCGAGGCAUGACACGAUGUGUAGUGAUAACUAAGUGCUUUGUAGUAUGUUGUACUGCAUUGCACACUGAACUAAAUGAACUGCUCAUUGAGGCGGCACUCUUGAAAUAUCGCAAAUCAUGUGAAAAAAAGUAAUAAUUGAACAGCUUUUCAGUUAACCUGACACAGCACAAUCCUGUUUCAGCACUUUCAAUCAGUGGGCCUCUAACACGCCUGCCGAUCGUAGUUGACCAUCCUCGUGCGACGCAGUUCACAGAACAGGCUGUAGGGUUUUUAGGAUAGCAUGCUAGGUGCAGUGCUGAAAAGCUGCAGAAUGCAAAUGCUAAAACACUUCUCAUUGUACAUCAGGUCAUGUCUUGCUAGAGACUCGCAUCCCUUGUACUUAAGAGCAACAGACUCAGACAUAAAAUGUUCAGCUUAAAAAGAGGGCACAAGUUAGACAGAAGAUAACAAACAAGGAGUGAUCUAUUUGUCUCUAGGUUGCAUCUCUCUUGCAUCCUUGUUACAAUGUGCAUUCUACAUCUCAUCAUCCUAAACCAAAUCACCCAAUGGACUGAUUUUAUUCGAUAUUGGGAAAAGUCCACUGCCUUAAGAAUGACAUAGCCAAACAGUCAUUUCUCCUUUGAAAGCGUGACACUUUGUUGAUGACAACAAUUGUAUGCUGUUACUGCAUGGACUAUGGAUUUAUAAAAUAAGGACAGAUGAAAACACCAAGCAGACAAGACUGCGCACAUUACAGUCAUUGUUUACAUGAUUAUGCACAAGCGCUUCACUGUUUUGAACAAGAGUACCUUGCAGCAUGUCAUCGAAUACAGUAAACCCUUUUAAUAUGUGCUCCACAGGAGUGCAUGAAUAGAAUGUAGUAAAUGCAUUAUGGUAACAUGCUGUUAAAUGGAUUAUAAAAACAAAUGCACAGCUAACUCGGGAUGAGAGGUUUAACUUUUGCUUGAUUGCUUUCGGGGAUACGUUCACUUUCGCAGGAUGUAGUGCCCAAUGCGAUUCCUCGAUGGAGCGAUACACAUUCCACUUUGACUAAUCAGCUAUGCCAAGUAGAUAUUCUCGAAAAUGAUUGGUAGACAACACAACCCCAGUUUUUAAAGAAUAAUCUACCAGUCAAUACCAAGUCAGUGUCUCUUGUUGGUACUUUUAAACACAGCAGAGACCAACCUUCAGCGAUGGUAUAUAACUGGAAAAAAAGAAAAGAAAAGAAAAAGUAUCCAAGAAGGCUGUAUUAAUGGGGUUCUGCUGUGCCUGUUUUAUACACUGACAAAGGGAAGGACAUUUCACCAUUCCUUGCUCCCUAUUUCAUUUUUGUUUCGAAGGAAGGAAUGGAUUGUUAAAAACAGAAUAUUUAUUAAAAAUUGCUGAAAACUCUU